AUGCCUGUAGUUCAUCUCCCCGGCACAACGAAGACCACCAGUGACACUGUCUCAGCAGUACAAAAUGAGACAGACUCAUCUAGUGACCGUAAAAUAGCGCACCUAGGCGAGUCAUCCAGCGGGCGGAGAUUUUGGUUUAAAAAGGGUCGAAAAUACGACCCCGACGCAAUUGCAACUCAGCCGUCGGUCUAUGAUAACCCAAUAACUGCACUAGAAUAUAAGCCAGUUGACCUGGGCAGCAAUGUUCACUCAGUCCUGGGCCCUGCCAUUCCACAUCCAAUUCAAGUCGCCUGGAACUCCCGGUACUCGAACACCGUCCGCUCGCGCACGGUGUCUACUGCUGUAUACAAUAUGUGCGUGCAGGCGUCUGGGAUCAUUGCCUCAAAUAUUUACCGCAAAGACGAUGUGCCUCGCCAUAAGAGGGAAAAUCGUGUUCUUGUUGGCUUGGUGGCUUCGAAUAUUUUUAUCUAUAUGCUUACCAAGGCGUACUAUGUUUGGCAUACUGCAAGUCGGGAUAGGAAAUGGAAUGCUAUGUCGGAGGGGAAGAGGGCUUAUUUAGCUACGACUAAGGAUGAGGGGAAUAAGGGGUUGGAUUUUAGGUUUGCGCAUUAG